CGUCAGCUCUGGGUAGUGGAGAGUGUAAACGCACACACGCCUUUAGUUGGAAACAGUUGCCCACUCUCAACUUUCCGUAAAGGAAACGAUUUCAGACGUUUUUUUCUUCCGGCAUCUCUGCUUGCGAGGGGACAAUGUGCGACCCACACAUGUCCGUGUGUUGACAGCGCAGGACACUCCGUGUGUUUGGUGUAUACUGCAGUUGUGGUUUCCCCUGACUCACCUAUAGAGCGUAGGCUUAAACAGGUAGACCAGGUAGGCUACGGGAGCGAAAUCCGGAAGAACAAGCACAUCUGAUUGUUCCCACUAUUUUUCUCUUACCUUUGCAACUGAACUUCUCCCAAUAACGUUUAUGCAGUUUUGAUAAUUCGUCGGAGAGAGUAGAAGUGUGAAGAUGACGGAACUAUCAGUUCACAAGAAAAAUAUGCUGAUUCUAGUUGAUGUUCUCUGUGUGUUUAUCGCGGCCCUUCCGUCAGCGGUCUUGACGUUAAUGUUCAGGCCGUACCAGAGGGGUAUCUACUGUGAUGACGAGAGCAUCAGAUAUCCUUACAGAAGAGACACCAUCUCCCACAGGGCAAUGGCUGCAGUCACCAUCCCCUCCUCCAUAGUCAUAAUAACUACAGGAGAAGCGUACCUGGUGUACUCCAAGCGUCUCCACUCCAACUCUAACUUUAACCAGUACAUGUCAGCUCUCUACAAGGUGGUGGGGACCUUUCUGUUUGGAGCAGCUGUGAGCCAAUCACUGACUGACCUGGCCAAGUUCACCAUUGGCAGGCCACGUCCAAACUUCCUAUCUGUGUGUAAUCCCACGGUGUGUUCUGGGUACAUGCUGCAACUCAACUGUACCGGCAACCCUCGAAACGUCACUGAGUCCAGAUUGUCGUUUUACUCCGGACACUCUGCCUUCGGGAUGUACAGCAUGCUGUUUCUAGCAUUGUAUGUGCAAGCACGUAUGCAGGGGAAGUGGACUCGUCUGGUCAGACCCACAGUGCAGUUCUUCCUCGUGGCGUUUGCGUUGUACGUAGGAUACACACGGGUUAGCGACUACAAACACCACUGGAGCGACGUACUGGUGGGACUGCUGCAGGGAACUCUCAUCGCUGUGCUCAACGUUUGCUACGUCUCUGAUUUCUUUAAGCUCCGCCCCCCUCCUCGCUGCCCUCGAUCCGAGGCGGCUGAAGACGAACACCUAGAGGCCAAACCUGGCCUGGACCCAGACACACAACUACACAACAACCACUACAACUACACUACUACUUCAGCCCGAACUCAGACUAACAACUACACAACAACCACUGCAACUACACAACAACCUCUACACAACAAUCACGGUAACCGUGGGGAAGUGGCGUAGACAGUAAUUUGUUGGUGGGUGGGCCUGCAGAAAUUUGGGUGGGCAAUUAUUUUUAAUUAAAAUGUUUUGUUGUUGGGGAAAGGAGCUAACUUCCUGCAAUGUUGCCAUUGGCCAAGAGAGAAAUGUACAGUUUUACAGCUGUUUAUGAAUUCUAUCUGAUGAUGUUUGCUUAAGUGAAAAGACAACAAAUAAAUAGAGCCCGGCCGUAUUGGAAUUUUGGGUCCGAUACCGAUUUUGGGGGAGGGAAAAGUCACAGAUUACUGAUAUCUGUCGAUAUAUUGGUUUUUUAGAGGUUGAAUGAAAAACAGACCAAAUUGUGCUUCAUAGGAUCAACAGAUACUCUAAAUGAUGAUUUCUUAACUAAAUAUUGUAGUUAACAUUAUUUAAGAACAUUUUAUUUGUGGUUUACAGGAGACCCAGUGAAUACAAAGCUUGUUUAGUUGACUUUCUUAGGUGCAACUUCAAAAUGUCUAUGGCAGUGGAAAAGAGGUAUGAAAAAGUGUUUGUGCUAAACCACCAUAAGGGUGAGUAGAUUUACUAGUGUUUUACAGCAGUCAAAGGUCAUGGAAACAAACACUUUAUGGCAACCUUGCAAUGAGAGUACGUAAUGACAAGCACAAGCUAGCUGUUCAUUACGACAAUGUUUUCUUACAGAAACCAUAUUUACAUAACACUGUUAUUCAAUACAAAAUGUAUUGGCUAUACAUUUCAACUACAAAUGGCAUGCGCUGAUGGCUGAAAAUGUUUAUGCAUGUAAAAUCUUGCUGCACUGGUUUUUGUCACACAUUCCAAUUUCGCGAGCUAGCUAACAUUAGCUACUUAUCUCACAAUGAAUGCAAGCACAUGGCCUGAAUGAUAGACCUGUGCCAACUGUCUUGUUUUUUGCAGAUUGCAUAUUUCAGAAAACAAACUAAAUUUGCCCACUAGCUAACAUAAUAGGCCCUGACAGUAUCGGUCUUCUUUUUGUAUCAAGGACGAGUGUUCACUUUGGCGCCAGUCCAGUGUUGGCACAUACGUAGCACAGAUUGCUAGCUAGGUAGCUAAGUUUCCCACCCAUGCCUACGCCCCUGCCAUGGAGCUGUCUGUGUGAGAGAAGUGUGUAUAUCAGUGUAGGCUCAUUGUAUUGGCAGGAAUGGAAUAAAUGGAACGGUAUCAAACACAUGUUUGACUCUGUUCCAUUUAUUCCAGUCCAGCCAUUACAAUGAUCCCGUCCUCCGAUAGCUUCUCCCACCAGCCGCCACUGGUAUGUAUGGGAGGAUGUGUAUAACCACUCACAUGCACAUGUAUUUUAACUUUGUAUUUUUUUUUUAAUACAGCGUACUAAAAGUAUGGCGGAUAAAACCAUUUUAGCAGAGAGAAAGACGUACUGUGUAGUUCCCUUGAUUUCAAUUAUGCUAACAGGAAACACUGAAACAACAGUUUUACAUUUUGUUAUGAUUCAUAUAUAUUUCCUUUGUGUAGCAGCAUCAACCAGGUCUUCCUGGUGUUUGUAGUUUUUUUUAGUGUCCUUUUUUUUUUCUUCUCGCCCACCACCAACCUACCUGAUUUAACUAGUUGUUAAGACCUUGAUUAGCUGAAUCGGGUGGGUUAGUGUGCUCAUCCUGUAGUUCUCCAGGAGGGGGGAAGGCCAAUGGUCUGGAGUUCAGUGUUAGGCCUACUGAUACCUAACAUGUCUGUAGAAGACAUGCAUGUACAGUAUAUGGAAUGUUAAACAGUGUUGCAUACAUAAUUACUUUCUAACUGUUUAUUUCUGUCGUAUCUCUAAGAUUGUAAUACCACUACUAGCCCACUGUGAUGUUUUUCUUAUGUUAUUGAUGCAACUUGUAUUAGUUACUCCAGUUUAUUAUAUAUAAAGCUGUGUAUAACCUGCCUACCUGCAUGCACACAGUAGGUCCUGUGAGAUCAUGAUUCCAUGUGCUGCCUUUGAAAUGUUAUUGAUAGUCGUCAGUGUGUCAAUGAUUGAGUCGCUCACUGAGAUGUUCUCUGAAAAACACAUUACAGUUCUGCAAAGGGUUAAUAUAUGACCAAAAGUAUGUGGACAUCUCAUUCUGAAAUCAUGGGCAUUAAUAUGGAGUUGGUCCUCCCUUUGCUGCUAUAACAGCCUCCAAUCUUCUGGGAAGGCUUUCCACUAGAUGUUGGAACAUUGCUACGGGGACUUGCUUCCAUUCAGCCACCAGCAUUAGUGAGGUUGGGCACUGAUGUUGGGCGAUUAUGCCCGGUUUACAGUCGGUGUUACAAUUAAUCUCAAAUAUGUCCGAUGGGGUUGAGGUCAGGGCUCUGUGUAGGCCAGUCAAUUUCUUCCACACCAAUCUCGACAAACCAUUUCUGUAUGGGCCUCGCCUUUUGCAUGGGGGCAUUGUCAUGCUGAAACAGGAAAGGGCCUUCCCCAAACUGUUGCCACAAUGUUGGAAGCACAAUUGUCUAGAAUGUCAUUGAUUUCCCUUCACUGGAACUAAAAAAACAGCCCCAGACCAUUAUUCCUCCUCCACCAAACUUUACAGUUGGCAUUAUGCAUUGGGGCAGGUAGCGUUCUCCUGGCAUCUGCCAAACCCAGAUUCGUCCGUCGGACUGUCAGAUGGUGAAGCGUGAUUUAUCACUCCAGAGAACGUAUUUCCACUGAUCCAGAGUCCAAUUGCGAGCUUUACACCACUCCAGCUGACGCUUGGCAUUGCACAUGGAGAUGUUAGGCUUGUGUGCUGCUGCUCGGCCAUGGAAACACAUUUCAUGAAGCUCCAGACAAACAGUUCUUGUGUUGACGUUGUUUCCAGAGGUGGUUUGGAACUCGGUAGUGAGUGUUGCAACCGAGGACAAGCAGUCCCGUUCUGUGAGCUUGUGUGGCCUACCACUUUGUAGCUGAGCCAUUGUUUCUCCUAGACAUUUCCACUCACAAUAACAGCACUUACAGUUGACUGGGGCAUCUCUAGCAGGGCAGAAAUUUGACAAACUGACUUGUUGAAAUGGUGGCAUCCUAUAUCCUAUUAAUAGGAUGCCACGUUGAAAGUCACUGAGCUUUUCAGUACAGGCCAUUGUUUGUCUAUGGAGAUUGCAUGGCUGGGUGUUCAAUUUAUACACCUGUCAGCACGGGUGUGGCUGAAAUCGCAGAAUCCACUCAUUUGAAGGGGUUUCAACCUACUUUUGGCCAUGUAGUGUAUUUUAUUGUGUUUAUAUCCACACUGUAUUCCUUCAUAAGCUUGUCUGUAACAAACUGUAGCUGCAAUCAAAUGUGUGUAUUUCUUCUUGAUGGAAAAGAGAACUUGAGUUUAUGGAAGUAUUUUUCCUUUAUAAUCUGACAACUCAUGCUGAGACGAAAGUGCAUGCAGAACCAUAGAGUUACUGCUGUGGAGGGAUGGAGAAACGGAUGGAUAGAUUGUCUUCAACUUCAUGUAUUCAUCCAAGUGAUUCACUAGGACUUUCCCAAUGUUGGUUGGGGUGAGGACACACCAGACCCAGUGAUGAAGACACUUGCACAUGUUGUCAUAUCUUUAUUUCAAUUUGUUUUGUUUUAUUUCUCUGUGUUGCUUUUUUUUGUAGUUUAUGCAUAAAGAUAAACUAAUAUGUCCAUUGUG